AUAGCCUGAACUACAGAAGCCCGAUGAGUGACAGAGCUUCACAGUAGCAGUGAGGGCUGCUCUGGAGAGGAGGGGUGCUGGGAUCUGUCUGUCUGUCUGUCUGCUGUACGCUACACUAAUGAGAUUAUUCAACUCGUAAAGCUGCUUCUAAAUAGUAGUAGUUGUGUCGCUUCUCGCACGCCGCUCCGCAUGUGCUCUCUUGCUCACACAUUCAGCUCAAGCACAACCGCAGAGCUCAGUGACAUUAUUUUGGGAAGGAAACUGCUUGUUGGAGCCUCUCUCGCCCUUUGCGCACAUGACUUUUUUCAAGCAACGGAUUGUGCAUUUGUUGUCGUUCGCUACUUUUAGGGCUGAACAUUGAUUGAGAGAGCAUGGAGAACCACAUGGAGCUGCAGAACAGCACGGAGGACGUCCGCAGGAGCGGCUAUCUCCGCAAGCAGAAGUCCAUGCACCGGCGCUACUUCGUGCUGCGGGCUGCUUCGGAGCGCGGCCCGGCCCGACUCGAAUACUACGAGAGUGAGAAGAAAUUUCGUGGUAAAGCGCCCGUGCCCAAAAAGGCUCUGGCGCUGGAGACGUGCUUCAACAUAAACAAACGGGCAGACUCGAAGAAUAAACACAUGAUAGUGCUCUACACGCGGGCGGAGAGUUUCGUGGUGGCGGCCGAGAACGAGGCGGACCAGGAGGAAUGGUACCAGGCGAUGGUGGAGCUUCAGUGCAAGAGUAAGGCACUGUGUGAGAAUGCGAAUGGAGGAGACUACGGAGUACCAUCCCCUGGUCCUGCCUUCAAGGAGGUCUGGCAAGUAAAAGUUUGGCCUAAAGGUCUCGGUCAAGCCAAGAACCUGGUUGGCAUCUACAGACUCUGCUUAACUGAGAAGACUGUCAACUUUGUCAAGCUAAACUCAGAUGCAGUUGCUGUCGUGCUCCAACUGAUGAAUGUGAGGCGUUGUGGCCAUUCUGAAAACUUUUUCUUUGUGGAGGUAGGCCGUUCUGCUGUAACUGGCCCUGGAGAGUUUUGGAUGCAAGUGGAUGAUUCAGUGGUAGCACAGAAUAUGCAUGAGACUUUGCUGGAAGCGAUGAAGGCCCUGAGUGAGGAGUUUCGUCAGCGUAGCAAGUCACAGUCAACUGCUGCAGGAGCAGGAGGUGGCACCACUGCAUCAAAUCCCAUCAGUGUUCCGUCUCGACGCCAUCACCCGAAUCCUCCACCCAGCCAGGUUGGAUUCACGAGACGUCCUCGUACUGAACCACCUGGUUCUACUGCAGGAUGCAAUAAUACUUCCCCAGCUUCUCGUCACAGCUUUCCCCGUACUCGAACAUCUAGUGAUGGUGCAAAAGUUGAUGAUGGGGGAUGUGCAACAACUGGAGAAAUUAUGCCAUGCUCAAGUCCCACAACCAAUGGUUCAGUUUCAAAUACCCCAAUACUGAGAUCAACAUCUGUCCGUGCUUCAACUCCAGUUAAAGCACAGCAUGCACUUAUGAGAUCCACCUCAACCCCAGCUCCUUCGGCUGCUCCAAGUAUGCCCUCUGGCUCAGUUCAUGGAUCUGAGUUUUGUGCAACUGGAACUGGGACAGGCAACAGUGGUGGGGGAGCUAAUGGUAGCAUGUACAGUAGACUACCUCUCCGACAGCCAUCUGUCUCUGGUUCCCUUAGUGACUACGGAUCCUCUGAUGAAUAUGGCUCCAGCCCUGGUGAACAUUCUCUGCUAACCCCAACAAUGCAGGCAGGGUUUACUGCUAGUUCAGGUAGCAAUUCUCUUGGGGAUGAAGCAUCAAACUAUAUUCUCAUGAGUCAGAGAGGUUCAUCAAAAUCUCAAACAAGCCAAAAUGCUUUGCCACAGACCAGGAGGGUUUUGAGGCGCUCUUCUAGCAGAGAAUGCGAAGCAGAGCGCAGGAUAAUGAGCAAGAGGGCUUCUCUUCCACCCAUGGCCUUAGAGAGACUUGCACCUCUUCGUCGAGCUGGGGAAGAAGCUGUUGAAGAGGAUGACUAUGCAAUUAUGAACCAAACCAGCAGCCGAGAAUCCUUUGUAGCAAGGCAGGAUUCAGGACCAUCAACAAGUGGAACAGGAUACUUGGAGGUUGCUGCAGAGAUCAAGGGUGAUGGUGGUAGCAGUGACACAGGUAUUACUGCUGUUAUUGGAGGAGCUAAGGGAGCAGUAGAUAAUGGCUACAUGUCCAUGUUACCAGGAGUUACUGCUCCCCCAGUAUCCCUUUCUCAUUCCCUGUCAGUAACAGUUUCAGACUCAGACUCAAAAUCCGCUGAUGAUUAUAUGGCCAUGACCCCCAAUAACAGCAUUUCACCUCCACGGCAGAUUCGUCCACCUUCUGGCACAGAUGGCUACAUGAUGAUGUCUCCCAACAGUAGCUGUUCACCAGACCAGCGAGGGGUCCCUACUGCCUGGAUUGGCAGUAGCAGUGCUGAUAGCCGAACUGGCAGUGACUACAUGAAUAUGUCACCCAUAAGUGCUCGGUCUGCCAAUAGUACUCCACCCCCACCCGAGCCCCACACUCCAUCUGACCAGCAUUCUAAUCAGCCUCAACCGAAAAUGGUAUAUUCUUACUAUUCUCUACCACGCUCCUACAAACAUAAUACUUCAACACACUUUGAGGAAGGGCCUGGAAGAGGGAAGCAUUUGGUUAAUGGGGGUAAAGGCAUAGGAGGAGGUAGGGGACUUUGUAAUAGCAAGUCUAAGCAUCAGGAACCCCUUGUUGGUCGACAUCUGUCCCUUUCAUCAUCCUCAUACUCCUCCAGUUCUGCUAGCAGUGAGAGCUUGGGUGAAGGUGAAGAAAAGGCCAUCAAAGGGACUGGAGGAGCAGCAGGCGUUACUGCAAAGGAUAUUGAGCGAGGAUCUUUGCAGCAAAGACAAGGCUCUGGAAGGGCGAAGCAAGGUCAUUCUGGUCACAGAGGUCGGCCCCUAAGUUUAUUUGUAGAUGUCAAUAAAGCCAACACUUUACCCAGAGUCCGUGAGACACCUCUACUUCCUGAGCCUAAGAGCCCUGGGGAGUAUGUCAGCAUUGAGUUCAAAGGUGAGAGAAACCAAAAGGCAGAAGGUAAUGGAACCAGGGGAUUUCGACAAGAUGCUUCUCUUCCACCCAGUUCUCACCGCCACUUACCUAGGCCAACCUCUUGUGUUGCCGGGUUCUUACAAUUCUCACAAAGCUCCUCCACCCCAAUUCCUCCAUCAACUGCCUCUGAGUAUGUCAAUAUGGAGCUAGGAGUAUCAUUAUCUCCCUCACCCAUCUCUCUUACACCGCUGGGGUUUCCUUCAUUCCCUACUCCUCCUGUCACGCCUGCAGCUGCUCCUAAAGCUCAUGAUGAGCAUAGAUCGACAGUUCUAAAUGACAUUGGUGCAGAAAGGGAGAUGGCACAAAGAAAAAGCAGGCAGGGAUCAGUACCACAGUCAGGAGACUCACCCACAUGUGGUGAUUACACAAAGAUGGCCUUUAGCUUGAACUCAGGCAGCACGUUGAGUUCUACAUCACCAAAAUCCCCUUUGCUAGACCAGCCUGAGUCAGUAGUUCCAGCCCUAGGUUUGGGUCUGGGACUAGACUUUCCACUUGCAAAAGUCCCAAACCCUGAUCAUGGGGCUAAAGUUAUCAGAGCAGAUCCACAAGGUCGUCGACGCCACUGUUCUGAAACGUUUCAAGCUCCUUCCUCACUUCUAGCCUGCCCUUCAACAUCAUCUUCCUCUGCAUUUCCUGAUCACACUCAAGUCAUUUCCCGCCGGCUUGGUUUAGAUGGUAUGCUUUGGGGGAACAGUAGCUCAUCAGAUGUCUCAUCUCAGUACAUCAAUCCUGGACUAUCUAGUCUAUCUGUGUCACAGACAUCAUCUAUGGAGCAGGGACUCAAUUACAUAGACUUGGACCUGGCUAACAAGGAAAGCUCACAUGCUUCUACAGAUGGACAAGCAGCUGUGCACACACCUGCAUCCCGUAUCUUUUCCUCUGUGCUGGGUGUUGGAGGAGCAACAGGGGGCUUAGUAGGAACUGGAGGUUCAGGCAGUAAUGCUUCAAACCUCAACAUGUAUGCUAGCAUUGACUUCUACAAGUCAGAAGAGCUACGGACACACCAAGGUAGCAGCAGCAACAGCAGAAAAGAUGGUACAGAGUGUUGAAGCCUCAGCAGUGUGCACUUCUGGGAAAUGUACCGCCUGCGAUCUCCCGAUCAGCUGAAUGCCAGAGGAGAACGAGUGCGGUGUGACCCCACAAGCACUUUCAAAAGACUCUCUGCAACAAGUGCAGCCGCCUGUGCUGUCCAGACUCUCCACAGACCAGCACAACAGCCAAUCAGAGAGGAGAAUCAAGACACUGCAGCCAAUCACAGUGACCUCUGAGCUUCAGCAGAAACUUGAACAGUAUUUACAAUCCCUCACAAUCAUCGAACGUGUUAUGUAUAUACAAAAAGUGCCUCUUGUUUUUGAUUGUCGCUUUCUGGAGACACUUUUUCAAGGUCUGAAUAACUGCUUGAAGAGAAAGAUUGUUAUUCUUUUACUUUCUGUAAAAACUGAACUUAUAAAGAAGGUACAUUGGGUUAUAAGUGGGCCUACAUAAACCAAAUCAUUUACAAACAUUAUAAACAUAUAUAAAAGUUUCCCUCACAGCAAGAAGUUCACUGGUUCGAGCCCCAGGCCAGUUGGUAUUUCUGUGUGGAGUUUGAAUGUUCU